CGUGCUUCAGCUCAACGCCAUGCCCUCUCGACCUGAGCUCCCCAUCCCGGCUAACUUGCUUGCCGCACACGACUGGCACUUCUCUGAUGAAUCCCAUGAAGCACCAAUCUUGCCCUCGACCUCUGAAGAUGAUUCAUUCAUUUCAGAGCCCAGCAAUGCCCAGUUUUCAACCAUGUCUCCGAAGCCACCGUCCCUUCCAGACCCUUCACAAUAUCCUGAUCCUUAUCCAUUUCGACCCCCGCGCUGGAACCACGGCAUCUCUACGCCUACCCUAUCCUCUGCGGACUCCUCAUCUGGGUCCACGCGGUCAUCAGCAUAUACAAGCUCAGCCCGGUCUGGCGACUAUGGUCAUGUCCAUGUGGCGCUAGGGCUUGAUGAUUCUAAUACGAGUAUGGGAAUCUCGACGGACGACGUCGCCAAGAUCCUCGCGCGCGAGUCGACAUCUUCCUCGUCGCAGCGGAUACGCACUCCUUACGCAGAGGAGAGUCGCUGGUCAGACAGGUACUCACAGGGUGUACGCUCCAGGUCAUCUUCUGUAGGCGGCAGGGGCGAGGUCGCUUCCGAGCUGGGGAGUCCGGCACUACGGCAAGAACCUAGCUUCGACCAGGGAUGGGUAUCGGUGGACGAGAGGGAUGAAAUGGGACUGACAACGGACGAUGAAACCGACGACGACGGCAUGAUCGAUGAGGAGGAUACGCCAGAGGACAUGGAGGGAGAGGUCACCAGCGCCAUGAUGGUCGCAGAGGAAGGCCGAGGUAUCAUUGUACGAGGAGGGGAGGGCCCAAUAGUGCAGCUACAGGUAAAACUAGGCACAACGCACCUGUUGAUAGGAUCGUCAAGCACGCCGAACGCUGUCCCUGCGUUCCUGGCAAAUGUCAUUCCUCCAAUCUCGACCACGCUACUUGCAUUGGAUAUCUCGGCUAACUUCCUGGUCGCCCUUCCGCCAGUCCUCCAGGCGUGUGUAUGCCUGGAGGAACUGAAUAUCGCAUCCAAUCCUCUCCGUGCGCUUCCAGUCUUCCUGGCUGGGCUCACGUCUCUCCAGGUCCUCAUAGCCGAUUCGACUGGGAUUAGCACCCUGCCUGCAGCCUUGAGUUCUUUAGAGAAGCUGCAUACCCUCAGCAUCCGCCGCAACAAGAUGAACUCGCUGCCCAGCUGGCUAUGUCUCUUGCCGGUGCUCGAAACUUUGCUCGUCGAAGGUAACCCGUUUCAGGGUCCUUGGAAGGCUCUGGUCGAGCCAUUGUUGGCCAAAGUUCCUAUGUCUCCGCUUUAUCCUCCGUCGACUCCGAUUUUCCCUGUAUCCCCCAGCAUCGCUACCAUACAAAGCUCAGCAUCGGAGGAUGCUGAUGAUGCAGCUGAGUCCUCUCAACAAGAGAAGAACCUCAUGCAGGCUGUCAACGAAGAGGAAGACACCAUCAUGCCAACUCGCGCGCCUCUCAUCGCCAGGUCUGUAACGUCCCCCACAAUUGGAUCUCAGAACGCACAGGUCUCUCUGUCCUUGUCCCGCACUCGUACGACCCCCAACAGAGCGUACUUUGAUAAGUAUCGUGCUCCGAGCAAGUCCGUAGUUGGUCCACAGACUGGCGCGCCCGGGUCCUCUAGCAAGGAGAAUGGGGAACGCGAGUUACGAAAGAUGAAAAGCGCAGGGGAGUUGCGUCAUGGUCCCGGGGGUUCGUCUAAGGGACUUCCGGCCUCAGGAUCAACGUCUCCUCAGCGUCCGGCAGUGUUGCAUUACACUCCGUCCGCCUCGAGUUCUAAUCUUCUGACCACGAUGUCUUCGCAUGAUGGUCAAGAGCAGCCGAAGCGGUUUGCCAGUCUAGGCGUGUCUUCUGCAUUGUCGCCUGAAGGUACGCGCAAGAGACCUGCCAUAGAUCCUACGGUCUGGGAUGGCGAGCCCGCAGAGAAGGGCGAACCAGGCGCCAAGGUUCUGCCCCCCUUGCCCGUAGACGUCGCGCCUGGUGCGCAACCUACCAUGGGCUCGCAUCUCUCCAAGCGAGACAGCCGUUACAACGACGAAUCAGCCGCUCGGGGGAAGGAGGAGACGAAGUCGACUCGAUGGGGCUUCUUGAAGAAGAUGUCCAUGGGCAAAAUGCGGAGCGAGACGCCUCCGGUGCCCCGAUCCUCUUCAGCGAACGUCCGUCCUCGGCAGCCAUCAACGUCAAGACCAUCUGCUAUACUUACCGAGGUCGACGCGGACGGCUCGUUGUCGUUGGAAGUUGCCCGCUCCGUUGCUAAUAUUUUCGUCUCGCACGCGGCUUUUAUGAGGAUGUACUCCACGUAUAUCAACAAUUUCGAUAAUUCUCUGCAUCGCAUCAAAACGUGGGUUUCUGAGAAGCCGAACGCCCUAGCCAACCCUCUUUCGCCAUCUUCGAGCACCGCACAACUGGUCGGCCUUGGCAUUACGAUGUCGGCUGUGACUACGCCAGGUGCCUUACCUGACUCUGGUCCUAACAACAUUGUUCCCCUGUCGUCCAGUCAGAAGAAACGCAUUAAAGCGUAUCUCAAACGUUGCCGCAUGAAUCCUCGUCACUCUCAGCUGAAUCUUGAAGGUUAUCUCCUACUCCCAGUUCAGCGCAUCCCUCGGUACAGGCUUCUACUCGAGGAUUUGUUGAAAAGUUGCCCUCCGAUAUAUGAUUAUGUCGAGGACCCACUCGAUCGCGCCCUCAGUGAGAUAUCAUCCCUGGCGACUAAUAUGAACGAGGGCAAACGCGAAUCCGAGUCCCGGCGUAAGCUGGUGCAGUGGCAGGCAAAGAUUCGUGGCAAGUUCCCGAGCCCUCUGGUGCAGCCUCACAGACGACUAAUUAUGGACGGCCCUUUGCAACUGACACGUGUGGUCAGGAAAGCUACUGUGUCUUUCGAGGUUAUUGACUCCAAGGGAGAUGCAUCCACGGUGCAAGUCGAGUGCUUGUCACCAGAGCUCACACCUCGGUCUUUGAUCGGCAUCUUGUGCAACGACUUGCUGGUGUUGUGUCGCGACCCGUCUGAAGGCCAGGACCCCAACUCGCAGGUCGACUUGUGGGCAGUCCUUCGUAUGCAAACUCUUCCCCAGCCAGCGAGUAUUGUCCACGGGAACGCAUUACGCUUGGUCGAUAAUAAAGCGAUCUUGUAUUUCGACGCGCCAUCAACCUCCGAUGCUUUAACGUGGUUCAGAGCUAUUAACCUGCAUAUUCCUGCUUCCAAAGCAUGAAACACCCCGUUCCCAUAUUCUCUCCCGGGCUUAUUGUCUAUUCUUAUCUUAUACUUACCAUCCUGUCGAUCGCGGGCUCGUCCACGGGCAUCCACUCCAUGCUAUAUUGCAGGCGUCCUUGUUCUUCGCAUCCACGCGUUCAUUUCGUAACUGUACAUCCCUCUCCUUCCUUCGUAGUUUCCAUUGUCGUCCGAGUAC